GUCAUGCCGAGGCGCCGAGCCGGCGGCCGGCGCUGCCAGCCAGGAUGGGUGAGGAGGCCGCCGUGCCGUCGGAUCUCGGGUCACGCCGUCGGGGAGGUGGCGGCGGCGGCGCGCUCGGUGUCGAAACCAUACGAGACGAGAGGGAGGGGCUCGGAAGAGAGGCCACGGGUUCAUUUCCCGCCGUUGCGUGACGUGACGCGCCACGCGCGUGCGACGCGACCUGUUCGGUCGGGUUUUCCCGCGUUUCCGCGCCGCCGCCGGACAGGGGGGACACCGGUCGCGUGGGCGGAGGAGCGAAACGAAACCGGCGAGGGACGAGCCGCGGCCCGUGGGCCGUGGACGCCUGGACGGAGGAGGCAGGGAGCGGCGCUGCGGCGGUGGCCGUACGUCAGCGCGUCCAGUCGUCCACGCCCAAGUGUGCGAAGGCAAGGCCAAUGCCAAAAUGAGACGAACUGCCCGAAGGCGUACCAUCCGCACUGUUGGGAGGACAAACAUGGCUCUUUUCCUAGUCACGGCGAGCAACUCAUUUGUGAUUGGCACAUAUGUUUCAACUGCAGACGGAGUUCUCAUUUUCAGUGUCUGUGCUGUCCUAUAUCGGUUUGCCAUGACUGCCUUGGCAAAGUUGGAUUUGUUGAGUUGAGAAUGCAGAAAAAAGGAUUUUGUACCAGCUGUUUGAACAAGGCUAUCUUGAUUGAGAAGAAUACUGAUCCUGAUCCUCAUUGGGUACGGAGUGAUUUCAGCAAGGCAGAGAUCGAUGAAAUUUUGUUUAAAGACUACUGGGAAGAUGUUAAAGACAGAGAACAUUUGAAUUUGGUUUACCUGGAAGAAGCUCAUGUUAUUCUUAAUAGAAAGCUUGACCGUAAUAGAACAGAUUCAGAGAAAUUUCCAGAUGAAGAUAACACGUCAGAUACACAUAUGUUUGCUGAAAAUGCUUCCGUUGAGAAAACUAUUUCUUUCGACUCUAAGGGCAAACAGAAUAAAGCGAACACAUCACUAAAGAAGGGCAAGACGAACAAGAAAACAUAUAUUGGUUGGGGUUCUGAAGAGCUAAUGCAAUUCUUGUCAAGUUUUGGAGAAGACACAUCGAAAUCUCUUGAUGAAGCUGAAAUCAUUGGAGUUAUCAUGGCCUACAUCAAAAACAAGAAUUUGUUCAAGAAUAAUAAGAAGUCUUUCCUAUGUGAUGAUAAGUUGCACCUUUUGUUUGGGAGAAGAAAAGUGAGUUGCAAAAGUAUCCGUAGGUUGCUAGCAGUUCAUCUAGCUGCAAAUGAUGUUUCAGAGGAUGAAACUUUGUAUGAUUCUGAAGAUGAUGAUGUUGCAAUUACGAAAAAUAAACCUCAUUUCGACGGUUCUGAACAUGAUGAUGGUCGAAUUAUGAAAAAGAAACCUCGGAAUAGUCUGGAAUUGAAGAUUGCUGAUAGAGUUUCAGAAAGAAACAAGAGAUGUUUUGCCUCUCUUAAUGAGAAUAACAUAAAACUUAUUUAUCUGAGAAGAUCUUUAGUUAUUAAUCUUUUGGAUCAUCCAGACACAUUUGAUCAGAAAGUUGUUGGCUGUUUUGUUAGAGUGAAGAAUGCCCCCAAGGCCCACAUCUACGAAAUGCCUAAAAAGCCAUAUCAGCUUGGGCUAGUGACAGGCAUUAAGAAAUCUUCAGAAGAAUACAAGAUGAAAGACACAUGUACCAAUAUUCUCUUAUGUGUUACUGGUUUGUGGGAUGAUGUCAGGAUCUCCAUGCUUUCAGACGAGGACUUUGCAGAGGAGGAAUGUGAUGAUCUUGUUUCUUUGGUAAAGAAGGGACUUCUAGAAAGGCCUACCAUUGCUGCACUGGAGGAGAAGGUGGCAACUGUACAUACAGACAUAGUAAAUCAUUGGAUUGACAGAGAACUUGUGAGACUGGAAAGAGCGAUUGAUAGAGCAAAUAUAAAAGGGUGGAGACAGGAAUUUGAGGAACUAAUGCACCAGAAGGAGCUGCUAAGCACAGAAGCUGAAAGGAUGCGCCGCCUUGAAGAGGUUCCAGAAAUUACUGCAGAGACAGAACCGGACGGAAAUGAAACGGAACAUGAAGUUGCAGCAAGCAACUCUCCUCAAGAUAAUAGAGGUGCAGCAGAGGAUCUAGGUAAUACAAACACCUUCUUACCACCCUUGUCUCUGGGAGUAAAAGAAGUAGUAGCUAAUUUUGUACGUGAUCAUCAAGAGGAGUCACCUAAAGUAGAGAACGUACUCAAAAGUUUCAAAUGUUUAAGAGUCCAUGAGGAGAAAUUGAUUGAAGGUAAUAUAAACACCUUAUUACUACCCUUUUCACCUGGAGUAAUGGAAGGAGCUAGUUCUUCAAAUGAUCUUCAAGUGCAACCAACGAAAGGUGCAACAGGGGAUGUAGCUGAAUCUUUAAGAGUCCAUAAGGAGAAACCAACCAAAGCUGAUGAUGAAGCCCGUCACGGUGGUGUUACUCCUGAUUCUGCACUGUAUUCUCAAAUGCACAAUACUCAAGAUGGAAGCUCUAGUGGAAUCAUGGACAUUGAGAAAGAUGAAACUAAACACUCCAGGCACAAGAAUCAUGGUGGGGCAAAUGUUGAAGAAGCUAUCAACCUGGACAGUGACGAAGAUGUGGAUCUUCACAUAGCUGAACAUAGGACAGAAGACAACAUGUCACAUGCUCUGAGGGCUACGAAUGGUACACAUCUUCGUAUGGAGCAACCCGAGUCAGCUUCACCUGUACCCUUAGAUGCUUCGGGAGCCAUGAAUGCGGAUCUUCACUUGGAGCAGCAUGAGGCAGCAGUGUCUGAAGCCAUGAAUGUGGUGUCACCCCACACACCUCUGUGGAAUUAUUUAGAUCCUCAAGGAAACACAAGAGGGCCAUUUCCGCUUACUUAUCUUUUUGGUUGGAGGGGCUUCUUUGGCAAGGACUUCAAAGUGUGGAGGACAGGGGAGACUAUGGAGCAGGCUAUAUUGCUUCAAGAUGCCUUCCUCAUGGAUAUGUAGCAUGCCCUCUCGGUUGAACCUUCCGCUCUUACUUCUGAUCUGAACCUGGAACACCUAAUUAGGUCAUUUGCCAGAGAACAAUUGGGUCAUGUGUUGACAUGCCAUGUUGUAAUUCAGUUCGGCUUCGGCACAUGUAUUUGGAGUCGAUGGAUGCUUCAAAACUUUUUUUUAAUACUAGGAUGUUUCAAAAGUAAUGUUUA